AUGGAAAAUGUGCGAAAAGAAUUGACGAAAAGGAUCGUAAACGAAUGUAAAGUGAAAGAAACACCAGUAACUAAGGAUUUGGCCUCGUUUUUGCUUUCCCUGUAUCAAUUAAAUCCAAUAUAUCGAAUAAAAGAAAACGAAGAGGAGAGCAAUGCGAGAGUAACCCAAGCGAUAGUGGAGAGGCUAUGUGACCAGAGCAAACCCAGUCUGGUAACUUUGAAAAAUCAGCUGUACUUUGUCAAGCAUUAUCAUGACAGAGACGAAACUGUCAAAAAGCAUCGGUUACGACUGCAUCAAAAGACUGAACCUCUGGUUGCCGAAAUUUGCGAGACUACUAAAUUGGAAAGUGGGAAGGAUACGGAAAGAUAUUAUCAUAAAAUAUUGGCAGUGAUAACGCUGCUAAGUGGUCUCGGAAGCCCUACGGUCCCUUCAAUUCUAAAAGAAGUUUCGUUGGCGCUGCGGAGCGUCUUGGAUACUUCCGAGUUGCCUCAUUAUGUGACUUUGCCAAAACGGGAGAAAGAGGAACAGUUGAUGGAGUUGAUGUGCAUAAUUGCUGGAAUCCGUUUAUUUAAUAGAGAUCGUCAACGCGGCGGCGAAGGGAUCGACGAUCUGCCCAGCAUCCUACAAGAAGCUUUAACGAAGACCCGUAACUCUGUCCUCGAGCUAUUAGAGCCACUAAUGGCCAAGGUGUACAAAUUUACAUCUAUUCUGGAAAACGCGAUUAUAAAAAAAGCGACGCCUGAUCUGGAAGAGCACAUCAAGUGGGCUAUCGAGAUGUUAACGGCUAGUCGUCAGCAAGAGAUCUACAUCCGAAAGCUGUUGAGCGAUGUGGAGCGCAGCGAGAAUGCAGUGAAGACUCUGAUGGACCGUCUUCAAACGCGACUCUUCAAACUGUACGAUACUGUUCGAUACAAAACAGCCAUUCCCACUGCUGAAGUCUACCCACAAUUUAUUGAUCUAGCGGAUAUAUGGAUGGGUUUGCAAGAUGAGGUGAUCAUUUUGAGCAGCAUUAACAAUUUCCUCUGGGAAUUACAGAAUUUGAGUAAUAAGACUGUAAAUGUCUACGAUCAAAAGCUGGAUGACAUAGCUCAGGAAUUGGAUAUUCUGACUGACGCUGAAAGAUUGGAACGUUCUAUGGGCAAUUUAAUAACGGAAUGUGGAGAAUGUUUAAUAUAUUAUCCAAAUGUCACGAAGGAUUUCGAGAAGAUUAAUUUAGAGUUUCUAGGAUUUUGCGCAUGGACGUUCGCCACAGCCAAAGGAGCUUUAAUACCGGGAAAUCCGAACAACGGUGUGGCAAAAUGGCGAGGAAAAUUUUACGCUUUCAAAUCGCCCGAAGCGGCAGCUAAAUUCGGAAAAAAUCCAGACAGGUACGUUUACGAGGCGCUCAAUUUCGUUCGCAAUCAUCCGGAACAUAUACAUCUGUUCCAAUUACACGAAGAAAUUGAAGCCAUGCAAAGUCAAGAAGAAAUCACGGAGAAAGGAUUGCAGUUAAAAGUCCGUCAUGAUCAAAAGAUUCAAACGGACGUUCACAUAUUACCACCUUACAUCGAUAAAGAUUAUACUUCCAAUAUUUGGGAAUUGAGACGAAGAGCUUUGCAUUUGGCAAACAUAAGUCGAUGCGUUACUCGUAGUACGCAGACAUUCAACUCACAAGGUGUUUACGUACAAGCAACUCCGCCUCAGGAUAAGGAAGUUCAAACCAGAAGAGAUAACUAUACAAACACAAAGAAUCUCAAAACGUUCAUAUUUGGCUUGCGAGGCAGACGGGAUGAUAAUCAACAUGUUGUAUCGUUUUUGGAAGAGGAGCUUGAACACUUAUAAAAAUUUUAAUCUCUCAAUUUCUUAGAUACUUAUGUGAUCUUGUAUACAUAUAAAUGUUUUAAUGAGUGACACGCACGCGUGAUACGUAUUAAUCACAGAACAAAAAAUAUUACAGCAUCGUAAAUAAUCAAUAAUACAUGAGAUUACAUUUAUUUAGAACAUUAAAGGAUAUAUAUUGGGCAAUGUUUAGAGGAGUACUAGGAAAUAAUUGAAAUAAAUUACACGCAAGACGCAGUUUAAAAAAAAAUGAAAGCAAUACUCUUUUUAAUGACAUUUCCAAAUACAUUUCACGGAACAUUACAGCUUAAACCAUUUUUUUUUCUUUUUAGAAAACACAAUAUUAGCAUUAUAAUUCAUCAUUCCGUGCGCACAUAUUUUUCUCGCGUAUGUAUGCUUUCGUUAUCGCAAACUGUAGGAUUUCAUUCGUGUGGCUUUCCUCGUGGUUUAGGCCAGCAUUUCUUUAAUUUAUAUUCAAAAUACACGAAUUUUACACAUGUCGAAGCUCGAACAGACAUAUGCGGUUAAGAUUCCGCACCUCGCUCCGUGAGCCUAUUUUACUUCCUACACUUCAACAUUGCGCCAGUGACCGCUGCUCGCAUUGUGACUUUUAAUGUGCUUAUAUCGUACUUUUCAAUGAAUAUAUUGUUUUACCAUUAGAUCUUAAAUGUUAGAUUUUCAAUUUUUACACCAAGAAAUCUAUAUUACGACAAUAAUUAGUAAUUACACGAUAAUACAAUUAAACUUUGCUUACAUUUUCAUGUGUAUAAUGUAGCUAUUAUACAGAAGAGGUACAGGAUGAUUUUUCGCAUAGCUUCUCUCUUUAUUUUUCCGCAUUUCUUUUAAACAUCCACACUUUUUUGAGAUGAAAUCUAUCAUUCUGUUGCAUCCAAUAUUACCAAGAAGCAUUUUUUUUAAAAGGGUAAAAAGAAAAGACAAAAAUACCAUAUGGUUUUUUUAAGAUAAUUAUUGAUAUAAUACAAAAAAGAUGGGAAAAAAAUUUGUCUAGUCCAUAUCUUAAAUAUAUAUUGAAAGCAACUGUGCCACACACCAAUGUGAUAAAUGUGUCAGUUAAAAUAAAAUAAAACUUCUCAAAAAAAA